AUGGAGCUUUCUAUAAUGAGAAAUCUCUAUGAUGCUUCACUAAAAGGAUGUGUUAGUACCUUGAAAAAACUUAUCGAAAAAGACCCUCUUAUUCUAAGCAGAGUUUCACUCUAUCCAAACUUUGAAACUCCACUACACAUAGCUUCUUUGCUAGGAUAUUUAGAAUUAUGUCAAAUUCUUCUUGAUAUAAAUCCCAUUUUAGCAACUGAAAUGAAUUCAGAAGGACAUUGCCCUCUUCAUCUAGCUUCAGCUAAAGGACACAUUGAAAUAGUGAAAGCAUUGUUGUUGACAGACGCGGAAGCUUGCUUGAUAAGGGACAAAGAUGACAAGCUUCCUCUCCAUUUUGCUGUUAUGAGAGGACGUUUAGGUGUCAUUAAGGAGUUGAUCAGCGCAAUGCCGGAGACAGAAAUCGAUAAGGUGAUGGCCGAGAUUGAUGAUCAUGGUUCUGUUCUGCAUUUGUGUGUUUUUUAUAAUCAUCUAGAAGCAAUGAAGAUCCUAGUUGAAUCAAUUAGAGGAGACAUUGAUCAAAUUUUAUCUUCUAAAGACAAAGAGGGUAACACUGUUUUGGAUUUAGCUAUCAAACGAGGCCAAAUUAAGAUGAUUAAGUACUUGAUCUCACUAUCUGAAGUGAGUGAGACGAUAAAUACUUCCAAAUCAGAAGCUUUAAGAGCUUUGGAUAUGUUGGAGCAUUAUCCAAGAGAUUUCAUCAGCCACACAGUUCAACACAUUUCCAAUGAAGAAAGAGCUCAAACAUCUUCAAAUAUAUCUAUUGCACAACAAGAUCAUAUAACUUCACCAAACAAUGAUCCUCCAGAAAAUCAACCACCAUCACAAAAUAUUAAUCCUCCACAAUCUUUACCAAUAAAUGAUCCUCUAGUACAAUCACCAAUUAGUCAUCCUCUACAACUAACAAAUUCUUCACCACACAAUAAUCCUUCGCAACCAUCAUCUCAUAAUCCAUCACCAAGCAAUAGUCCUCAACAUCUACAAUCACCAUCACCACACAAUGAUCCUGCACAACCAUCAUCUCAUAACCCUUCACUAAGCAAUGUUCCUCUACAACCACCAAACAUAGCUAAUGAACAACACAAAUGUACUAGAUGGGACACGGUUGAGGAAUUCUGCAACACAUACCUAAUAAACCAAGACUACUGGAUAGAUAAAAAGACAAGAGAACAACUAAUGGUAGCAGCAACCGUGAUCGCAACAAUGACAUUUCAAUCAGUAAUAAGUCCACCGGGCGGCGUUUGGCAAGAAGAUACAACAAAAGGCGGUUACGCUUGUCCUGAUUAUGGUUUCUGUGAAGCAGGAACUGCAGUUGUAGGCUAUGUUUGGUCACCAGAUUAUCUGAAAUUCAUUUUCUUCAACUCUGCUUCUUUCUUUGCUUCACUAUGUGUGCUUUUGAUUCUCAUCAGUGGGCUUCCUCUACACAAUAAGGUCAUAGUGUGGAUUUUGGCACUUUUGAUGGUAAUUGCAAUCACAUGCAUGUUGCUUACAUAUAUGUGGGCGUUGGGAUUAGUUAGUCCUAAUCAUAUUUACUAUAGAAUUCAUGAUUUGGGUUAUAUCUUAGUUGGAAUUUGGAUUUUCUUACUUUUUGUUGUUUGUUUGAUUCAAAUAGUUAGAACUGUGUUUUGGGUUAGGUCUAGGAGCAGAGCAGGUCCUCCACAAAUUAAUGUUGCACAAUAAGAGUCUUACUUACAUUCAAUGAUAUAUGACCUGAAAGGAUUGAGUUCGACUCGACUCAUAUUUUAAAAUGGUGUCAAAAGAGUAUAUUCAAGACA